AUGGAAAGUUUACUUCUUUUAUCAAAGUUUCCUCACUGUGGCUUGCUCCGCGCCAAGAGCUUUUAUGCAUCUCACUGGCUUGAAUUAGAUCUCCUCCGAUGUGAAUCGCAUUCCAGUAUCGGUUCGGAGUACUUCGAUACAUAUCCAAUCAAAAACGUGGUUGGAGACGAUGGGACUGAAAUCGAUUGGGAAGGUGAGAUUGAUGAUAGCUGGGUCAAAGAGAUCAAUUGUUUGGAGUGGGAAAGCUUUGCAUUUCAUCCUAGCCCACUCGUUGUUCUCGUCUUCGAACGAUACAAAAGGGCUAGUGAUAACUGGAAGACACUGAAGGAGCUUGAGAAAGCGAUUAAAGUUUAUUGGGAUGCCAAAGAUCGUUUACCACCACGGGCGGUUAAGAUUGACCUGAACAUUGAGACAGAUUUGACUUAUGCUCUUAAAGCUAAGGAAUGCCCACAGGUUCUCUUCUUACGUGGAAACAGGAUUUUGUACAGAGAGAAAGACUUUCGCACGGCGGAUGAAUUGGUCCAGAUGAUUGCACAUUUCUACUACAAAGCAAAGAGACCUUCGUGGGUCGACAAGGCUAAGGUAACCCCGUUCUGUUAGUUUGCAACGGGAACAGAGAGUACUAGGUUUACUCAAAGGGUCAGUCUAGGAAAGGAGAUACAAGAAACUUCAAACAUAUAGAUUGUAACAUUUUUGUAUGUUCUAAUGCAAUAUAAAGUUUGUCAAUC